AUGCCGAAGCCCCGUCGUGAGUCCGCGGCAAGGGCCGAUACACGUCCCGCAUUCAACAGGCCGCCGAACGCGCGUGCAGCACCAGCACCAGCAGCGCAUCCUUUCCUCAGCGAUGACGACGAACCGCGUACGCCGAGAAGAGCCCCGAAGGAAAAGGCAAAAGCUUCACCGGUGCCAUCGCCAUCCCCGGAGAAAAGACCUCGCAGAGCCAGCGAUCGACACCGGAGCGCAAGCGACGCGCGCGGGGAUCCCAGGCGGCACAGGGAAAAGGAGCGAGAUAGAGCAAAGUACAGCUCGGGAACAUCGACGAACAGCGGCACUCAGCUUUUGAGUAGCGCGGCAUUGGCAAAGCUGAAUGCUCACAACGAGCGAACCGAGUUCGAGGAGAAGUACGUAGAACGCAAACGCAGAGAGAGGAGACAGAAGGAAUACAAGAAGCUCAAGGCAGCCGACGCAUCUCCGAGGCGGAAAGCCAGACACAAGAAUCGGAAUGUCAGUGGUGCCAUCUUGGAGGAGGGAAGGGGUGGUCGAAAGCACGGACGACCGCAUGGACGCGGUGGCGGCUACGAAAAGGAGUAUGAGGCGCGUCGGCGAUCAGAGAGCGACGCUGGACGGCGCAAGAAGAAGAUCUGGUUGCUGUUAGGUCUGAUCGCGUUAUUGCUGAUAAUUUUCAUUCCUGUCGGCGUGGUGGUGAGCAACAACAGCAAGAAGUCAAGCGGUGGAUCGUCCUCAUCUUCCGCCUCCUCGGGGGACACCUCAUCCGACCCAAAGAAUGACUGUGACUCAAGCUCGGUCCCAGCAAGCGCAAAAGGCACCUAUACUGAUAUCUCUACCUGGAUGGACACGGCCGACUUCAAUUGUACGUACACGGCCGAGACAGUCGGAGGGCUGUCGGUCAUGGGUCUCAACUCGGACUGGGAUGACUCGACCAAGGCCAACGACAACGUCCCAGCACUGAAUGAGAAGUGGGACUACGGAAAUAUGCCCAUACGAGGCGUGAAUAUUGGUGGAUGGCUGUCGUUGGAACCAUUCAUCACACCGUCCAUGUUCGACUAUCCCGCCUCUGCUGGUGUUGUUGAUGAAUGGACCUUGACGCAGAAGCUCGGACCAGCAGCACAGCGUGUACUUGAAACACAUUAUUCCACAUUCAUCACGAAGCAGAGCUUUGUCGACAUCAAGAACGCCGGCCUGGACCAUGUGAGGAUCCCAUACCCCUACUGGGCUGUCAACACGUAUCCCGGUGAUCCAUAUGUACCACAAGUUGCCUGGCGGUACCUGCUGAGAGCAAUCGAGUACUGCCGUCAAAAUGGCCUGAGAGUCAAUCUCGAUUUGCAUUCUGUCCCUGGCAGUCAGAACGGCUGGGCUCACAGCGGUCACCAAGGCGACAUAGGUUGGAUUUUGGGCCCUGAUGGAGCCACGAAUGCUCAGAGAUCAUUGGACAUACACAACCAGCUUUCUUCAUUCUUCGCGCAGGAUCGGUACAAGAACGUGGUCACCAUUUAUGGCCUUGUCAACGAGCCAAAGAUGUUGGUUAUCCCCCCUCAAUCUGUAUUGGACUGGAACCAGCAAGCCAUCAAGAUCGUCCGAGGCAACGGCAUUGAUCAACAUAUUGUCUUCGGGGACGGCUUCCUCAGCCUUGACAGCUGGGACGACAUGUUCCAUGGUGUUGACGACAAACUGGUCAUGGACACUCAUCAGUACCAGAUCUUCAACACUGGUCAGCUCAAAUUAAAGCAUCAAGACAAGAUCAACCUUGCAUGCUCUGGCUGGACAGGGCUAAUGGUUGCAGCCAACAAUCCUUCGACCGGAUGGGGGCCGAUCCUGGACGGCGAGUGGUCCCAGGCGGACACAGACUGCACACCGAAUCUGAACAACGUCGGAGUUGGCUCCAGAUGGGCGGGCACUCUCGACACAGGUGACCCUGAAACCUCGGUCUUGACACCAACCUGUGCUGAGCCUCCGUGUUCUUGCGCCCAAGCAAACGCAGACCCCAGCACAUACUCCGACUCGUACAAGCAAUUCUUGCAGAUGUACGCCGAAGCUCAAAUGCACAGCUUCGAACAAGCAUGGGGCUGGUUCUAUUGGACUUGGAGGACUGAAAACGCUGUACAAUGGAGUUAUAUGCUGGGUUUGAAGGCUGGGAUUCUCCCUGAAAAGGCAUACUCGCCGUCAUUCAAAUGUGACUCGGAUGUGCCUGAUUUUAGCGAUUUGCCUGAAAGCUAUUGA